GAUUUUAUAUUUACGACUGAGAAGUAGAAGCAGAUGUUAUUAUAUUUAUCUAUUUUUUUAACCUUUUAUCCUUAGCUGCGUUAUUAAUUUUUUAUAUGGUUUUCUCCCAGCAUGAAAGGAAAAUAGAUUGAGAAAUAUUAUAUACAUUUAGUUAAUACGAUUUUAUACAAAACGCGACUUAGAGAAUGAUGAUGAUAAAACAAAUUUGUGGAGAACAAAAUGACCCAGCUAUAACAAGUUUUGGUUUUUAAUGUUUCAAAAUGUUGUUGUUUAUUUCUCUUCCUGGUCUUGUUGUUUUGUUAUUGACAAAUAAAACAUUUGCACAGGGUUACAGUUGCUACGAUUUUAAAUUCAAGCCUAUUGUGUGCAGGCCAGGACCUGAAAAAUUAGGUCAUGGACGCAUCAUUGAUGUAACACCAAAUAUGACUUGUGGCACACCACCAAGUGGAUAUUGCAGAACUUCACAGCCUCUAGGUUGUUACCAGUGCAAUGCAUCUUCAUUUUUACACAGACACCCUUCUCGUUAUUUAACAGAUAAUGAUAACCCUUUAAACUUUCAGACUUCUGGUUUUAAACAAACAUGGUGGCAGUCGGUAACCUGGUGGGAUGCAAAACAGCAAUCCUUAUUGGUGAACAACAUUUUAAAAGUCAAAUUAACUUUGUCAAUGAAUAAAACAUAUGAUUUGACUGGCACGAUAAAGGUUACAUUUUAUUCUAGUAAACCACAUGCAUUUGUAUUUGAAAAGUCUAGUGAUUAUGGCAUGACGUGGAUCCCUUACAGAUAUUAUGCAGAUGACUGUACUUAUAGGUUUCCUAAUGUUUCUAAGAAGAGCAGUGUUAAAACUGCUUUAGACGUUUACUGUGUGGAAGAUAAGAGUGUCACAGCUGUUCAGGGAAGCCAAGUAACAUUUGAACCACACUAUACAGCAGAUAACCUUUGGACAAACAUUACACAGCAAUAUUUAAAGGCCACUGAUUUCAGGAUCUCACUGGAGUAUCCUUGGACAGAUGGUAAUGAAGUUAUCAAUCAAGAACCAUUUUUGAACCAAUAUUAUUACGAUAUAAGUGAUAUUCAGAUUAAGGGUCGUUGCCAUUGUAAUGGGCAUGCCCCUUAUUGUUUUGGCCCCAACAUCAAUGAGCAGAAAUGUAAUUGUCAACAUAAUACUGAUGGAAUUGACUGUGAAAUGUGUCUACCGUUAUAUAACAAUAAACCAUGGAAGCAUGCUGAAUCACCAACAAAGCCAAACCCUUGUGAAGCCUGUGAGUGUAAUGGACAUUCCAAGUCUUGUACUUACAAUGCCACGGUUGGCUUUGGAGUAUGUGAUGAUUGUUUGCAUGGAACUACUGGAUAUAACUGUGAUCAAUGCAAAGAGUUGUACUAUAGAAACACAAGUGUAUCAUUAUCUGAUGUAAGGGCUUGUGUAGCAUGUGAUUGCUUCAUGGCUGGUGUUACCAACAAUGGGUUAUGUUUACAAAAAUCUUCUGAUGAUCAAGAGGCUGGUCAGUGCUUUUGUAAACCGGAUGUUAUUGGACGCAAAUGUGACCAGUGCAAGUUUGGUUAUUUUGGAAUUCAAACAGGGAAUUGUUCUGCCUGCAACUGUUCCCUUUUUGGUACCUUAACGGAUAAAAGCAACACUUGUGAUCAAAUAACCGGUCAGUGUAUGUGUAAGAACACCACAUAUAGUCGUACCUGCUCAAGAUGCAAGCCAGGUUUUUACAGCUUUCCUAUAUCGAAAGACCAUGAAUGUGAAGAAUGUAGGUGUGAUGUGGGUGGGUCAGUAAACAAUGCAUGCAAUCAGAUAACAGGUGUAUGUACUUGCCGUAGAGGUAUAUAUGGUAGUCAAUGCAAAAGUACAAUUCCUGGGAAUUUCUUUCCUUUUUUUGAUUACUAUACAUUAGAGGCUGAAUCAGGUGCUGGUAAAUUUCAAAUAAAAUCAGAUGCCAAUAAGGCAGAUCAAGCAUUCACAGGAUUUGGUUAUGCUGUAAUUUCCAGUGAAGGAUAUGUGGAAGUAACUUUUAAUUCAGUGGAUUUUUUAGCAAGGUAUUUCCUUGUUCUGAGAUAUGUUAAAUCUGCAUCUGAUAUUGAUGUUAACUUGGAGUUAUCAUACACCAAUAAAACUGUUUCCUUCUCAUUAUUUCAUGAGAAAAUCACUUUACUAAAUGGUACAUUAAUGUGGCAGCGGAAGAACCCGAUUGUAAUGGUGAAAGGAGCAAAUUACAGUAUCAAGCUUUCAACUAAUUUUUCAACACCUGUAAAAAUUGAUUCCAUUAUAGUUAUGCCUGAUUAUAUGGCAAGUAAACUUUAUCUAAAUUCGAGCGCUGCUUACAAAUUAAAUAUUAGUUCAUGCUGGAAAGAGUCACGAUAUAUAAACAAAGAUAAACAUAAAGUAUGCAGAGCGAUCACCUUUUCUACUACUGCAGAAUGGUUCAAUGGAACUUUAGCAUGUGAUUGCGAUUUAACUAGUGCUGUUAAUCCAAUGACUUGCGAUUCUUAUGGCGGCCAGUGUCUUUGUAAGCCUGGUGUUAUGGGAAGAAGAUGUAAUGAAUGCAAACCUGGUUUCUUUAACUUUACACAAAAUGGCUGCCAAGCUUGUUCCUGUGACCCAGUUGGAUCGGUAGAUUUAGCGUGUGAUCGAUUCACAGGUCAAUGCAAUUGCAAACCAAACGUGUCAUUUCGUACAUGUAAUGCGUGCAUUAAAGAUUUUUAUGGUAUUGAAAGCAAACUUGGUUGUCGUGCUUGUCUGUGCAAUAAAAAUGGUUCAUUGUCAUCACAGUGUCGACAAGAUGGACAGUGUUUAUGUCAUAACAGCACCGUAGGAUUUAAGUGUGACCGAUGUAGAGAGAACUAUUUUAACUUCACAAAAAAUGGAUGCAGUUACUGUGGUUGUUCCAUGUUGGGUUCGCUUGCACAGCAAUGUGAUUUAUAUAAUGGAACUUGUCCUUGCAAAGAAAACGUUGAUCUUAAAAAGUGUUCAGCAUGUAAACCAAGCUUCUUCAAUUUGAAUCAAACUAACUCAAAAGGCUGUCAGAAAUGUUUCUGUUUUAACAAAACUGCACAAUGUACGUCUGCUGGGGGAUAUCAAGAAGUUGAUAUCUCCUUUGAUCCAACCACAUGGAAUUUGCCGAAUUUCAUUGGAGAUGUUGCAAACAAUUGUCUUGUCGUGAACGUAACGAAAUCAGUGCCUAUUAUUUCUCUUCCAGCAAGCUACACUGGAAAUCUUCUAUACCUGUUUCAUCAGCGUUUGUUUUUAAAUUUAAAUGUUCAUCAUAACGGAAAUGGAAGUUUACCCACGUUAGCGAUACGAUUUACUGGAACAAAUAACAAUAGUUUUUCUCUUUUACCAGCCAAUACUUCUGAUCAAUUUCAUGUUAUUCAUAAUUGGGUCUUAGAAAGAAUUUCCUUACUGGACCUACAAGCUGUUCUUUUUGAUGUGAAAAACAUUGAUAUCGUUGUUCAAGCUGGUAAUGCCAGCCAUUUGGAAAUAUGUGAUUUUAGAAUGAGCCGUGUUGAAAAGCUAUCAAAUGGUGUGCAAUUCUCUGGUGUGGAGAAAUGUUUGUGUCCUCAAAAUUACACUGGAAAUUCCUGUCAAUUUUGUGCAAAUGGAUAUUUUCGCAAAGUGUUUGGUUCGGGUUCGCUAGGAAAAUGUAUUUUGUGCCAAUGUAAUGGUCGCUCUCAAACAUGUGAUCAAGAAACUGGAGUUUGUUCAAAUUGUCGUGUUGGUACCACGGGCCAGUAUUGUGAGACGUGUGAACCAAACGUACAAGAGCCUGAUUGUCUGGCAUGUAAACGAGGCUAUUAUGGGUAUGGGAAUGAUGAUUUUUCUGGUUGUAGAGCUUGUGACUGUGCUGCGAAAAAUACUAUUCCUGGUGUGUCCGAUGUUUGUGACGUGGUGACAGGGCAGUGUCCGUGUAAAGCUGACAUUGGAGGACGUGCGUGUGAUAGGUGUGCUGAAAAUUCUGUUAAUAUCACCGAUGAAUGCAAACCAUGCUCAGAAUGUCAUCGACUCAUACAAAACGAAGUACACAUGCUAAGAGGAUCAUUGAAAGAACUAAAGUUAUUAACUGAAAAUAAUACUCAUACAAACGCACUGCUUUCCAACACAACUCUCACAAACUUGUUGAUAAACUUGACUACUUCUGUUAUGAGCAUGAUCGCACAGGCCAACGAGUCUACCAUUUUGGAGGAGAAAGUCAUGGCGGAAUUGUUUAUGUUAAACGAGACAUUGGAUGCCAUGGAAACACGACUUAAAAUAAACAUAUCGCAAGACAUCGAUUUAAUACGUUCUCGAGUUCCUUCGAUGUUGUCGUAUGAAAACAUAUCCAGCUUCAUUGUCAACACAACGUACAAUCUACUUUGGACAAGUGUCUAUGUAAUCAAUACAAACAUUGAACCUGCUCUUGUAGUUGUUCCUAAAAAACUUAUCAGUUUACAAGAAAUAGCGGGAAAUUUUUCCAAUAUAUCUUUAGCCUACAAAAGUGUGUAUUCUCCAGUUUUAAGAGAUAUAUAUCUGAUCCUAAACACAACAAAUUACGUUUUACAGCGAACCUCUACUGCUAGAAAGGUUCGAAAUGAUAUAGAAGAGAGCUUAAAUAAGACGCAAGCGGAAGUUAACGACCUCAAAGCUGCUAUCCAACCCACGAAUGUACUUGUAAAAAGUCUUCUUAAUGACUCUGAAACAUUUUUAGAGUCAUCUAUUCUGUUUUUGCAUUCUGCUAACAACACAUUGAUGGACGUUCGAAAUGGAACUGUCAAUCACUCUAGUCUUGCCAUAUUGGACAUUGCAAAACAAGCUAAUAGAAUUACCAGGCAAAUCAAUGAACUGAGUGAAAUUCACCAAACUUUGAAUAACAGCCAGAACAGAGUUUCAAGUAUGGUAAAUAAAUAUAUGAACACAUCAUCUGCAACUCUCCAACUGUCGCAUGAAAGAAACAAGAAUUUGUCAAUGUUAGUUGCAGAAAUUUACCAAGCUCAAGCGAUAGUUCGUAACGCCACCAAACUUUCCAACGAAACUUAUUCCACUGCGAUUCAACUGCUCUCUGUUGUGAAGAACUUCAACGUUACUUUGGGUAAUGCUUCUCAAGCAGCAAAUGAAUCAAUCAUGAUGGCUGGGAAGGUAAACGAGACAAAUGAAUUUGUUUUUGCUGAAAUAAACAGGACCACUUUGCUUAUAAGAGAAUACAUGGGAAAUGCUUCCAAGGUAUCCAACUUGUCCAGAAAUGCUAGUGAUGAACUUUUGAUUCAAAACCAGAUGCUCAAAGAAAUGCAUAUUGCAUCCACCAAUUUGGCACAUACUUCACUUCAGUUAUCAUACAACUGGAAUCAAUCUAUUGAGUUGAUUCAAAAUAUAACCAAUAUCACUACCCAAAACAUCCAAACUGCUAAGAAAUGCAACGAUCUCACGAAUACUGCCAACCAAUUAUUAGUUGAAUCGAAGACGGCUUUGACAAUAUCAGAGAGCUCAUUGGUGGACAAAAAACAAGAUCAAAAGCGAUUGGCUGAUCUCAUGGUGAACAUUCAAUCAGUGACUACUUUAAACAAGACAAGUUUGUUGUUACUACGGAAAUCUUUUAACGAAUCACGUCAAUUAUUCGACGGCUUGAAUAUCCAGAAAGCCAUUACGAUCCUGAAAAAAUUUUCUACCACUCAAAAAGAAGAUAUCGCAUCCUACAAAGAACAAGUACGAAGCUUACGUCGUGAAAUUGACGACAUGGAAAAAAUGCAUGACGUCAUUAAGGGAGUGAAGGGGUGUGGUUGAAUUUUGUUAUUGUCGGUAGACGAAACCUUUGAUUACGACAUCACCUUUUUUCACUAUAUAAUUUUACCAGCUCUUUAGGUAUGUAAGUGAAACUAAACAUCUUGCCAAUGUAAAAAUCAAAUAUUUUAUCAACCACGCAUAAUUUUCAUAAUUGCCCAAUCACAAUUCGUUAUUAAACAUUCUAACGACCUUUCACGCGGGAAAGUUUAUAGCUUUGCAUGUUUGUUCAUAGAGCAUGGUGAUAUUUAAGGCUUGUUUCCUACUCACUGCAUUUUCGCUAUAGCUUAAAAGGCUCACGGUUUUUUUGUUAUCUCGAAUUUUUUCCCAGUGUAUACUUACUAACUCUUGAGCUUUUUGUGUUACGGCUGAAAAUGAAUUUACAAAAAACAAACCUUGCACACAUUUUUUCCUAGGAGAUUAAUAUUUUUUAUAAAUUAUAAAAGUAUGACAAUAAAACUUACAGUAAUAUAUUUUGAUUGUUUUUUAAAAUGUAUAUUUUUGUGAAUAUUGUUUUAAUUUUUUUUUUGCAUAUCAAUACAACUAAUUAUCGCGUUAUCUAGAAGGUAAUAUCAACGCUUAGACUCUGAAGUACGCGAAUUAAGCCAAAAUUUAGUCAUUUUUUUUAGGUAGAUAAUUUUUUUUAAAGAAAACGUAUUUUUAUUGUAUGUGAUGAAUUUUUUUAAAAUGUAUUUUAAAAGGAUUUUUACUGAAGUGAAUUUAAUUUAUUUUUUAAGAGGAAAAUUGAGCCACUAGAGAAGUAUUUACUCUAUUUCACAGUUGGAAAAUCUGCUGUGUGUCUGGGGGCGAAAAUUAUCUCAAAAAUUACAUAAAAUAAAUCAGAAAUUUAUUAUCGAUGUGCAAAUAAUAUGGGUGUUUGUUAACGAUUGUAAUAGAAAAUAGUGUUCGUUUUCUUAGAUAUUUAUUUUUCAUAGCAUUCCUUAUUUUUUCUUCAUUAGCGUUUAAUACAUCACAACUGGGGACUGCAACGCCUGUUAAGGGCCAUAGGUGGGCUGCUUUUUAUAUUUGUGGCGAAGUCAAAUCCGCUGCUUGUAGAAGUAUGACUAAUACAUUUACCAAUUUAAAAGCAACCUUGUCUCCAGCACCUAUCUUCUCUUUUGUAUCGGAACAGCCAAAUUUCGGGCUGACCUUCUCCGAGGCCAUGUUCGUACCGCCGUCGCAAUGUCAGAAAAGAUACAAGAUGCUCUGGGGACAAGGUUGAAAGAAAGCCAUUAUUUUUGGUGAUUAUUUUUGUUGCUGAAUAGAAAUUUUGUACUUUAUAUGAAUGAAAAUUAACAGAUUGCGGAGUGA